UGACACUGGAGAUUAUGUGAUGGCAGGACGGCCUCAUACAUAUGACAGCAACUCCAGUGAUCCUGAAAACUGUGAUCGAAGGUCUCAUAAUAGACCACGCAAAUUUUACAAACAUUCAAGGAUGCAGUGGGUUUUUUAAGAAUGUGACACGUUCCAGGAUGUUAAUCGAAGUAUCACAAAUAUGCUGAACUUUGAAAGUAAUGCCCAAGGAUGUGGAGACGGCUUUCAGAGCUGCAUUGUUCAGAGGAGCUCAAGUCUUUUGUGCUUUGUUUCCCAAGUACCUUCUCUGUUGCUUUGUUUUUAACCUGCAGUGCAAGGCAGCUGGUGCCCAGUCUCGUGCAUCCAAACUCGAGUCUGAAUACGUCAAAAUGAGUUUGCAUGGUGCCAGUGGUGGAUAUGACCGAUCAAGGGAUCGUCGUAGAUCAAGUGAUCGAUCCAGAGAUUCUUCACAUGAAAGAGGUGAAAGUCAGUUGACUCCAUGUAUAAGGAAUGUUACUUCUCCCACGAGGCAAUACCAUAAUGAUCGAGAAAGAGAUAACAAUUCAUCAUCUAGGCCUAGCAGUCCCCGCCCUCAGAAAGCCUCUCCAAACGGAUCUAGCAGUAGUGGAGUCAUUAGCAGUAGAAACAGUAGUCUGUCAAGUACAGAAGGAAACUGCAAGUCAAUGGGUGUUGGUGAAAUGGUGUUUGUCUAUGAAAAUGUAAAAGAGGGCACAAGAAACAUAAGAACUUCAGAGCGAGUAACCCUGAUUGUUGAUAACACUAGAUUUGUAGUUGAUCCAUCAAUCUUCACUGCACAACCCAAUACUAUGCUGGGAAGGAUGUUUGGGUCUGGUCGAGAACACAAUUUCACACGUCCUAAUGAAAAGGGGGAAUAUGAAGUAGCAGAAGGGAUUAGCUCUACUGUUUUUCGUGCAAUAUUGGAUUAUUAUAAAACUGGGAUAAUCCGCUGCCCUGAUGGAAUCUCCAUUCCUGAGCUGAGAGAGGCCUGUGACUAUUUAUGCAUCUCCUUUGACUAUAGCACAAUUAAAUGCAGAGACCUGAGUGCACUAAUGCAUGAGCUUUCAAAUGAUGGGGCACGUCGUCAGUUUGAAUUUUAUCUGGAAGAAAUGGUCUUACCACUGAUGGUAGCCAGUGCCCAAAGUGGAGAAAGAGAGUGCCAUAUUGUGGUUCUGACAGAUGAUGAUGUUGUCGAUUGGGACGAAGAGUACCCACCUCAAAUGGGAGAAGAGUACUCACAAAUUAUUUACAGCACAAAACUUUAUAGAUUCUUUAAAUACAUUGAAAACAGAGAUGUUGCCAAAUCAGUUUUGAAGGAGCGUGGUUUGAAGAAAAUCCGGCUAGGAAUUGAAGGCUAUCCUACAUAUAAGGAGAAAGUAAAGAAGAGGCCAGGAGGUCGACCUGAAGUUAUAUAUAAUUAUGUGCAGAGACCAUUCAUCAGAAUGUCUUGGGAAAAAGAGGAAGGCAAAAGUCGCCAUGUUGAUUUCCAGUGUGUGAAAAGUAAAUCCAUCACUAACCUUGCUGCAGCCGCAGCAGACAUUCCUCAAGACCAGUUGGUUGUAAUGCAUCCCACUCCACAGGUUGAUGAGUUGGAUAUCCUCCCUAUUCACCCCCCACCAGGAAAUAGUGAUCCAGAUCCUGAUGCACCAUCUCCUGCAGUAUAAGGGUGACAAUCUAAAAGUUCAGCACGCCAUUGUCCAAGGAAGGAAGAGCAGCAUUUUAACUGGCUACCAUGCAGUUCAUCAGCAGCCUUAGAUAUUGAAAUUUUGGUAAAAAUAUGAAUAAAAUGAUGCAAGGUUCAGUGACUUUUUUUUUUUUUUUUAACAUGACCAAAGGAAUAAAAAUGGCAGUGGGUUUUCUAAAAUGUUACAUCUUGCACAAUAUAAGUUAAAGGAAAUCUUUUGCUAUUUCACUAUUUUGGCAAGCCCACAAUUACAGUCAUCUGAAGUCGUCCAGUUGGUUUACCUUUUUGGUGGAUUUAUGAUGAUCUUUUUUUUU